AUGCUGGCUCCAGACGCCAAACCACAGGAUGUUGACGCCAAGUCCAUCCUCUCCAUGCGGGAGCUGGAACCGUCUCCCGUGAUGGAAGAUUACCUCUCCACGCCAGAGCUCGAAUCUCUCGAAAAUGGCGAUUACUUUCCACCACCGGUCGAGGAAAAGCCCUCGCGAGUCUGCGGCGUAUCGGCACCGAGUUUAGGAUUGCGCGCGUACCGCUGGGAUGCAUUACUCUCCGGCAUUCAGAAGUACUCAACCUACCCACCCUCGGCUUUCCUCGUCCUUCACAUUGUCAAUACCUCGAUCAUCCCACUUAUCACUCGCUCCGUGCCCGCUAGCGAGCCUUACCUGCUCCUCACACGACCCGUCUAUCAAGCCCCCGGACUGGAACAUCUCGUUCUCACCGUACCCAUUUUCGCGCACAUCGCGUCCGGUAUUGCCCUGAGAAAUAUCCGUGGCGCGCGUCGUGCUCGUCUCUACGGUGCAGAGACCCGCGCCCAGCGUCAUCUGCUUUCAUUCUGGCCCAAGGUCUCGACCCAGGCGAGAUUGGGAUAUCUGAUUGCCCCGCUGGUCGGUCUUCAUGCCGUGGUGAAUCGCGUGACGCCCUGCGUGGUGGACGGCGGGAGUUCCGGAGUGGGACUGGGCUAUGUGGCGCAUGGUAUUGCGCGCAGCCCGGUGUUCUGGAAUCUCUUCUACGUGGUCUUCGUGACGGCGAGUGUCUGGCACUUUGUCGGAGGCUGGGCUACUUGGAUGGGAUGGAGAGUGACCACGGCGAGGAAGGAGAGAGGUAUGGCAUCCAAGGGCUCGUUGGAAGGGUACUUGGGUCAGCCGGAGAACCAGGAUCGGGUCAAGCGUCAGCGCAAGAUGUGGUGGGUGGUCAAUGGUGUGGCGGCGAUGGGAGCGGCGGUUUGGUUAGCAGGUGGUCUGGGGAUCAUCGGGCGCGCUGGUCGAGGAGCAGGUUGGGAGGCUCAGGGAUGGGAUCAGUUAUACAGCCAUGUGCCCGUCAUUGGAGAGUGGCUGUAA